UAUAAAAUAUAACGUUCUUUUUGUUCUUAAUGUUCUUUUAAUUCGUUUAUUUAAUAUUUUACCAAAAAUAAAAUUCUGCACACUUUAUGAUAAUACAUAUAAUAUAUAAAUUAAAAUAAUUGUCUUACAAUUUUAAAAUAUGGUUGACAGUAAAUAUUAUACUACAAUUUUAUCCCAAACGUUCUCUCCUUGUGGGAACUAUUUGAUUGCCGGUAAUAACUAUGGAAUUUUAACAGUCUACAAUCUAAAACAUGAAUUGCAGUCGGGUAUUGACUUYAAAGAUCAAAAUUUAUCAGCUGGUGGUCGAUCUUAURAAUUUGAAAUGAUACGUAAAAUGCAAAUAAACAGCAUGGAAUCUGGCGAAAAAUUUUUAAUAAUUGGUGGUGUCGGACUUAUUAUUGGAGUGGAUUGGGAUACCAUUAUUGACAAUAAUUUUGACGAAAAUUCAAAAGUUGAACCUCUCAGUAUUAGUUGGAGUAUUAAUAUUCCAUCACCCAAAGAUUCAAUGUUAAGUAUAGAUGUAAAUUGUUUAAUAUUAAACAAAGAGGAUAAUAUCUUAUAUGCAGGUUGUGGCGACAAUACUGUAUAUGCAUUUAAUUUAGAAUGUGGUGAUGUUGUGCAGAAAUUUGAAGGGCACAGUGAUUUUGUUCAUUCCAUUGAUAAGCUAGAUGAUACAAUCGUCUCAGCUAGUGAAGAUGGAUCUGUUUUGUUUUGGGAUGUUCGUUGUAAAGGAUAUUCAUCAAAAAUCAUUCCCAGCAGUAAUCCAGAAAUUAAACGACCCAAUCUUGGAAAUUGGGUUGGAUCUGUUACAAUUACUAAAGAUUGGAUGUUAUGUGGUGGUGGAACAAAACUGUCUCUAUGGAAUCGUUCAAUGGCUGCUCCCAUGACUGUGUACAACUGUGUUGAAGAUUCUGGAAUACAUGUUACUAAACUUAUGGAUGAAACAUUAUAUGCUGGAGGAUGCUCAAAAAAUUUUUACCAGUUAUCAUUUACAGAUGAAAUUAUGUGUAAAAUUGAAACWAGUCCAGUCACUGUUUUCAGUUGUGUUAACCAAGAAAAUCCGUUCAAAGUAACAUGUCUUGCAGGUUCAAGCUAUAAAAUAGAUAUUUGUACCAAUUUAAAUUAUAAAAUGACAACACUUGGAAUAUAGUUAAAAUAUUAAUUUUAAUUUUGGUACUGAAUUCUGAAAAAAUAUUGAAGUGUAAAACCAUUUAUAACAACCAUAAUAUUUAGUACUUACUGUUUGCUCACUUUAAUGUAUCUAUUUAUCCUGUAUA